UAAUUAUCUUUCUUCACGAAAACCCUAGAACGAGAGUUAGGGUAGGGUUUUGCCUUGUGUAAUUAUUUCUUGUUUUUUCAUAGUUCUCUUUUCUUUAGCCAAAGUUUCAAAUUUUUUAUAGCUCUAAGGGUUUUAGCUUUUUCCGCUAUUUCGUGUUAAAUUCGAAAUUUCUUUUGCUUAGGAUUUUUUGUGUGGUUCGAAGUCGAUCUGUGUACUGAGAGAUAUGGACACUCGCAAGAGAGGUAGAGGCGAAGCAACUUUUAAUGCCAAUGGCGGUUUCAAGAAAUCUAAGCCAGAAAUGGACUCCUUAUCAAGUGGUAUAGGAAGCAAAUCAAAGCCAUGCACGAAGUUUUUCAGCACUGCCGGGUGUCCAUUUGGUGAGAGUUGCCACUUCCUUCACUAUGUUCCUGGUGGUUAUAAUGCUGUUGCCCAGAUGAUGAACCUGGCACCUGCUCCAGCUAGGACAACAGGACCUCAGACUAUGUCGAACGGGUCUGCUUCAACUGCUGUUAAAACUAAAAUUUGCAACAAAUUCAACACUGCAGAAGGCUGCAAAUUUGGGGACAAAUGCCACUUUGCUCAUGGAGAGUGGGAACUCGGCAAGCCUAUUGCACCAUCUCAGGAAGAUCUUCGCGCAGUCGGACCUACACCCAGCCGAUUUGGUGGCAGAACGGAUCCACCCGUGCCUUCAGGUAGUUUUGGGGCCUCGGCCACUGCCAAAAUUAGCUUGGAUGCUUCCCUUGCCGGCGCUAUUAUUGGGAAGGGGGGAGUGAACUCUAAGCAGAUUUGUAGGCAAACGGGAGCCAAGUUAGCUAUUAGAGAUCACGAGACGGAUACAAAUCUUAGGAACAUAGAGCUUGAGGGUACAUUUGAGCAAAUUAAGGAAGCAAGUGCAAUGGUAAGAGACCUGAUUAGUAGCAUAGGCUUUGCCGGUGGUCCUGCCAAACCAGCUGGAGGCCCGGCGAAACAGACUGGAGGUCCUGCCGCCCCUAGGAGCAACUACAAGACCAAGAUUUGUGAGAAUUUUUCUAAAGGGUCCUGCACGUUUGGUGAUAGGUGCCACUUUGCACAUGGGGAAGCUGAGUUGCGCCAACCUGGGGCAUGAAUAGGUAAUUUCGAAUGCUCUUGCACAUGUUGUUUGACUUUGGAUUUUUAGCCAUGGAUACAAGAUAAUGGCGUAAUGAGAUUAUUGUAGGAUUCCUAGGCAUCUGGUUAAUACAUUUCAGACAUUUGUAGAAAUUGCAGUUUUCCUCCCUUGUAUCAGAUGAUUUUCGGUUUGUUGAUCCAUUUUGGUUGCAGUAUUUAUUUAGCUGUA